AAGCAAUCAUGCUAGAAGAAACUAGAGACACGAUCACUGUACCUGCAGCAUUCAUGAUCAGAAUGCUAGCUUGUCUCAACCAGAUCAGAAGAGGCAGGCGAAGACGACAACAGUCAGAGCCAUCUGCCGGAAAUUGAGGACGGAACCAAAAUGUGAAGAAUGAAUUGCCUCUCUUCAUAGACGACAAGCUUUUUAUUGAUUUGUUCGCUAAUUUUAUGUUCCCUUUUAGAG